GACGCAUCAGGGGUGGGGACUGCUCUCCCGCUAGGAUGUCUGCGCUGGCCCGCCUGGCACCUUUCGGUCGCGUUGGAGGCCGCCUGCUUCGGGGCUGCCGCGCGCGGGCAGCUGGAGACGGUGGAGUCCGUCAUGUUGGCGAUGGUGGACACAUUCAGCCCCGGUACAGGGAGUUUCCCCAGCUUACCCAGUCCCAGGUGAUCCAUGGUGAGGUCUUAAGCUCACUCAUGUGGUUCUGGAUUCUUUGGAGAUUUUGGCAUGACUCGGAUGCUGUGCUGGGUCACUUUUCAUAUCCAGAUCCAUCGAAGUGGACAGAUGAAGAACUGGGGGUCCCUCCUGACGACGAGGACUGAAAGUGUAAACUCCUCUCUGUACGAGAGCAAGGUGAGACAAUUCAAGAAAUUACAGCCCUCAUUAAAGGUGUAAAUUAAAGUGGCUUGCCAAAAUGAGGAACCGA